AUGGCAUUCACAAAAUCCUUGAUGUUAAUCUUAAUCAUACCAUCAUUCUUCGUUUAUGCUUAUGCGUCACCAUUGUUCAAACGUGAACUGUGUCCAAUAGGAGACUACCAAGGCACCACUUCUUUUUAUUUGUAUGAUUUUCUCGAUGACCCAUCAGAAGUGAUUAUACCACUAGGAAUCUUGGUACCAGACGGAUAUAAAUAUAAAUUCACGCUAUAUGGUUUUGGUGUACAAAUGUACAAAUGUAAUGUUUCCUCUCACAUCUGGGAUGCAGUAUCUGAAGAUCAUGAAGAUGCCGUCGAUUAUGUGGUUGGCGAUCAUUACUACCAAAAAGAACCUGUUAACGGAGGUAGAGCUACUUGGCAUUCUACACUCGAUUGUGAUAAUUCAUCUGUUAUUUCGAGACUUUUAUCCCAAAUUCCAUCUCCCGAUGGACCCAAAAACAUUCCGUGGCUUUUAUUGAUUGCUACGGCUAAUAAUGGAAAAGGUGUCUUUAGUGACGUUGUUUUUACAAUUCGUUUAGAUACUAUAGAUGGUAUAGCCCCCCCAGUGGAUGAAUGUAAGUGA